AUGAACGUAUUAAAGCAAAUUGACGAGUGUUUUAUGAAUUACACAAAAAUAUAUGGCAAUGAGGAAAUUGACUCCUACUGGGAUGAAGGUAUUGUAGUCAAUAAAUACAUAAAACUUGGAAAUAAUCGAAAAAAGAAUGAAGCAGAAAAGAACGAAGGGGGUCAUAAUGUAGAGAUAAAGCACGUAGAGGCGAAAGAAGUAGUAAUGAAUCAAGUGGUGAAGAACGAAAUGGGAAAAAGCGGAGCGCGGGAAAAUUGCGUACACACGAAGGAGGGGGAUCAGUGUAGUUUCGCUGAGGAACCUUCCUUUGUAGAAGAAUCAAUGAAUUGUAAUGAAAAAAAGGGUACCAAGUCAAAUUUAAAUGAGAAAUAUUGUUGUACGAAUGAGUUAACUUCGAAAAAGGACUCGCAUGGGAUGAAUGUUAAAAAAAAAAAGGAAAAUUUAUUUGUUUGUAGCGACUUAGUAGAAAGAUGUUUGUGUAUAAAUACCAUUGAGAAUUUAGAAGAACUAAAAGAUGCCACUUUAGUUAGGUGGACCUGUAUGGUUCAGCAAAUUAUUUCACCAGAAAGUUAUUUAGGAAUUUAUAAAUUAAGAAAUAAAAUAAAUGGAGAGCUUAUAUUAAAGAGCUCAAAAUAUAAAGACUAUAUUGAUACGGAUGAUAACUGGGAAAUAAUAGAAGAUAAUGGCAAAAAACAUAUAGGGGAAUAUUACGAAUUAAAUUUUGAAAAAUGUUAUAGAGAAGAAGAUGCCAAAUUGAAUAAAGAAGUAGAAGAAGGAGCAAUAAAUCAGAAGGCAUGCGAGAAUAUGCAGAAUGCAGAGAACAAAAAGACAGACGUAAAUAUUAAUGAUAAUCAAAAGAAAGAAGAUUAUCUAAAAAAAGAUUAUGCUUUCCAAGAUUAUAAUGAUACCUAUUUUUAUGAAAACGAUAAUAAUUUUAAAAAAUACUGGAAGAGGUAUUUAUUUUUAGGUACUAAUAUUCCAGGUAGUAAAAGCUCUUGGUGCAAAGAAUUGUAUGAGUAUUCUUCGUAUCAUAGUAAUUGUGAAAAUUUUUUAAAAAAUAAAAACGAUUUCGUAAAAAUUGAAAAUGCUACAAAUACUGAGAAUAUUGCGAAUAUUGAAUGUAUUUCUAAUUAUAAUACCUGCUCAAAUUCUUCUACUGAUAUUUCUAGUUGCCUGCACAGUAAUAAUUGUAGUCGCAAUAGUAGUAAUUACAGCGGUGCUCAUAACAUAAAUCUGUUACAGGAAAAAUAUAUUUGUAGCAGUGAAAUGUGCAAUUUGGAAGAAGGCAUAAAUACACAUUGUAAAGAAACUAAAGAAAUUAUCUUAAAUAGUAGUACACAAAGUAGGGAGGAAGAACCAGAAGAAGGCGAUUUUACGUGUAAAAGGAAUAAAAUUAGAUGUAUUCUAAAAAUAUACGAUGAUAAUAGCCAAUACAACGGAACAAAUGAAAAAGAUUUCUUAAAACUGAAUGAUGUAAUUGAAGUGAUCGGAAUAUACCGUAAACGUCAAAUUAAGGAUUAUGAUGAUUGUAAAAAGAAUUUCAAUUUUUAUUUUUAUUAUGACCAAAACUUUUUAAAGUAUCCUUGUAUUCACGUAUUCCAAUAUACGAAGAUUAACUAUUUCAACCCGAUAAAUAAUUGUAUAUUAUUUACUAAUGAACUCUCAAAUAUUCUAGAAAAAGGUCCAUUUAAAACCGUCAGUGAGCUAAGGAAACACCUGCUCAUCUAUAUUUCCACUUCCUUAUUUCAUGAUUUGUUGGUUUCUCAUUACUUUUUCUUCUAUUUAUGUGGUAGUUAUAUAAAAAAUAAUAAGUUAAAGUUGGGGAAAAUUAGUUUAAACCUUUUUAACAUAUCAUCAAAUGAGGGAUCAGAUGUAUCGCCAACGGGAUUAUCAGCUCACCCUAGAACUAAGGAAACAACUGAUGAACCAACUGAUUUGAAAAAUGAUCAGAAUAAUCAAUUUUCGCAAACUACUACAAAAGAGAAGAUAAUUGAGAAAGAACUAAAUGAAAAACUUAAUAAUCCGGAACGUGCGAAAAAGGUGUAUUGUUCCCAAAUAAAUGAAAGCAAAUUACAUGCAGAAGAAUUUAAGAGCGAACAAAAUAAUUCUUCUUUUGACAGCUCAAGAAAAUUGAACAAAAUGAACAAAAUGAACGAAAUGUACAAAAUGAACGAAAUGAACGAAAUGAACGAAAUGUACAAAAUGAACAAAAUGAACAAAAUGAACAAAAUGAACAAAAUGAACAAAAUGAACAAAAUGAACAAAAUGAUUAAAAGCUUAGUUCCCCUCCAUAGAUACAUCCCCCUUUUUCUAAACAAACUAAGCAACGAAUAUUUAGUAUCAGUCAUGAAUCAUCGUAAUGGUGAGUUAAAAAAAGGAAAACUUCAAUUAGCAAAUAAUACUUAUGUAGUAUUUGAUGAAUGUGUGUUAGAUGCUGGUAAGCUGAACCACAUUAGUAAAAAGAAUUUUCACUGUAUAGAAAGAUUAGUCACGUCUCAAGAAAUUCCUCAUAUAUUUAACACAGAUAUUACUUUCGAAACUCAGUUUAACAUAUUAAUUUUGUCAAAAAAGAAGUCCAUGUUUUCAAAUUACGUUGAUAUAACUAUUCCUAUAUAUCACAAAAAAAAGAUGGAAAAACUAAAUGAAAAUAAAAGUAACCAUUAUUCUAGUAGGGACUCGUAUGGAAAGGAAAAGAAUAAUUUAAGCAAAGAAAAUAUUGGAAAAAAUGAAAAUGAUACAAAAAAUAUAAUUAGAGAUAAUAAAAAUAGUGAACAUGUGUACAAUUAUGAAGGACACUCGAAUAGCACCUUUUCAACUGAAUUUAUUAACACUUAUGAGGAUUACAAACCAAGUGAAAGUGAACUAAUUCAAUUUAGGAGAUACAUAAAUUAUAUAUUAUUAAAAAAUGAUUCUGCAAAAAUUCAUGAGGACAUGACAAAUUACAUUACUGAUUCUUUUGUUGCCCUUAGACAGAAAAGUAAAGACAUAAACCAAUUCGUUUUAAAUUCUUGGAUAUGCAUGUCUAGAAUUUUAGCCUUUUCAGAGGGUUGCAAUGAAAUAAAUAAAGACCAUUGGAAUUACAUAAUGAAACUGGAAAGUGAAAGAAGAUUAAGGCUCAGUCAUUUAAGCAAAAUUUAUAUUUAA